AUGCGUGCCGUCGCAAUCCUAUUGUUCCUUCUGGGGGCAGUCAUCUCGCUGGCAAGCGCACAGCGAGACAACGGAUACACUGAUGUCGUCCAGUGGGACGAGAACAGCCUGUUUAUCAAUGGCGAACGCGUCUACAUCUACUCAGGCGAAUUCCACUAUGCCCGUCUGCCCGUGCCAGAGCUGUGGCGCGACGUUAUCCAGAAUGUCUACUUCUUCUGGUCCUACCACUCGCCUUCCAAGGGCGUCUUCGAUUUCGAGUCGCCCGGCAAGGACAUCCAGAAGCUCUUCGACAUGGCCAAGGAAGAGGGCGUCUACAUCAUCGCCCGGCCGGGGCCUUACUGCAACGCCGAGACCAGCGCAGGCGGCUACGGCCUCUACCUCACCGACGGCAGCGGCGGCGACAUCCGGACCAACGACGAGACAUACCACGCGCAAUGGCUCGCCUGGGUCGACGCCGUCAUGCCCAUCAUCGCGCGCAACCAGAUCACCGAGGGCGGGCCCGUCAUCCUCGUGCAGGUCGAGAACGAGCUCACCGAGAGCCGGCACGUGGCCGACGACCCGCUCGUGCUGUACAUGGAGCAGCUCAAGCAGGCGUUCCGCGACCACGGCAUCGUCGUGCCGUUCACGUCCAACGAGAAGGGCAUGCGCGGGCAGAGCUGGUCGGUCGACUACCAGGACGUCGGCGGCGCCGUCGACAUCUACGGGCUGGACUCGUACGCGGGCGGGCUGAGCUGCAGCAACAUCGACACGGGCUUCACCGUGCUGCGCACCUACUACCAGUGGUUCCAGAACUACUCGUUCACCCAGCCCGAGUACACGCCCGAGUUCAAGGCGGGCUGGUUCCAGCCGUGGGGCGGCUACUUCUUCGACGAAUGCGUGUCCGAACACGACACGGCGUAUCCCGACGUCUUCUACAAGAACAACAUUGCCCAGCGCAUGACGCUGCAGAACAUGUACAUGACGUACGGCGGCACCAACUGGGGCCACCUGGCCGCGCCCGUCGUCUACACGUCCUACGACUACGGCGCGCCGCUGCGCGAGACGCGCGAGGUGUGGGACAAGUUCAAGCACAUCAAGCUGAUCAGCCUGUUCACCCGCGUCAGCGACGGCCUCUUGAACACGCGCAUGGAGAGCAAUGGCACCGGCAAUGCCGUCAACGACACGGCCAUCUUCACCUGGGUGCUGCGAAACCCGGAGACCGAGGCCCGCUUCUACUUCACCCAGCACGACAACUCGCGGUCCCGGGCAAACACUGCAUUCUCCCUGGACGUCGCCACGUCCGCAGGCGCCAUCACCAUCCCCAGCCUCGACCUCCAGGGCCGCCAGAGCAGGAUCGUCGUCACCGACUACCCCGUCGGCGACUACACGCUCCUGUACUCGUCGGCCGAAGUCCUGACCUACGGCCUCUUCGACGUCCCCGUGCUGGUCUUCUACCUCAACGAAGGCCAAGUCGGCGAGCUCGCCUUCAAAGGAUCAGACCUCCAAACCGCAAACUUCACCACGCACGGCGCCACCACCGACUUCGCCGCCAGCGCCGCCGGCAACGGCACCUCCGCAGCCUUCAAGUACACGCAGACCAAGGGCGCCACCGUGGUCAAGUUCGCCCGGGGCCCGGUGCUCUACCUCCUCGAGCGGUGGGCGGCCUACACCUUCUUCGCGCCGGCCACGACGUCGGAUCCGCACGUCGCGCCGGACGAGCAAGUCUUCGUGCUGGGCCCGUACCUCGUGCGUUCCGCCUCCAUCUCGGGCAGCACCGUCUCCCUCUCCGGCGACCACCUGAACGCAACCAGCAUCGACGUCUACGCCGGCGGCAGCGACGCCGCGUCCGCCGUCGACACCAUCAGCUGGAACGGCGUCGCGCUGGCAACCACGCGCUCGGCGUACGGCUCGCUGCAGGCCUCGCUGCCGGGCAUCGUCGACCGCGCCGUGCCGCUGCCGGCCCUCGCCGGGUGGAAGGUGGCCGACGGGCUGCCCGAGGCGGCGGCCGCGUACGACGACUCGCGGUGGGCGGUGGCCAACAAGACGACGACGCUCAGCCCGGUGGCGCCGGCGACGCUGCCCGUGCUGUACGGCAGCGACUACGGCUUCUACGCGGGCGCCCUCAUCUACCGCGGCCACUUCGACAACGACGAUGGCGGCGUCACCGGCGCCAACGUCACCGUGCAGGGCGGCGCGGCGGCCGGGUGGUCGGCCUGGCUGAACGGCGCUCUCGUCGGCGGGCACCCCGGCAACGCGUCGCUCGUCUCGACGUCGGCGGUGCUGGACUUCGCCGGCGCCGGCGGCAACGCCACUAGUAGCCUGGCGGCCGAGGGCAACGUGCUCACCGUCGUGACCGACUACACCGGGCACGACCAGGACAGCCAGGGGCCGUACGGGCCGCUCAACCCGCGCGGCAUCAUCGCGGCGAGCCUGCUGGGGGAUGGUACUGCCACCAAUGCCACGGCGCCCUCGUUCAAGCAGUGGAAGCUGCAGGGCAACGCGGGCGGCGGGGCGGGCUACGUCGACCCCGUGCGCGGCCCGCUCAACGAGGGCGGGCUGCACGGCGAGAGGCUCGGCUGGCACCUGCCCGGCUUCGACGCCUCGGCGUGGGAUGACGGCGAUCCGCGCGAGGGCUUUGGCGGCGCCGGCAUCCGCUGGUACACGACCGAGUUCGAGCUGGACGUCGAUGAGGAUUUGGAUGCGCCCAUCGGGUUGGAGCUGGGCAUGCCGGAGGGGACGGUGGCGAGGGUGCAGGUUUUCGUCAAUGGGUACCAAUAUGGCAAGUAUUUGCCGCAUAUUGGCCCGCAGACGAAGUUCCCGUUCCCGCCGGGCGUGCUGAACAACAGGGGCUCCAACACGCUGUCGCUCAGUGUCUGGGCGCAGUCGGAAGACGGGGCUGCUUUUGACAAGGUGGAGCUCGUUUUGUAUGGCAAGUAUCAGUCCGACUUUGGCUUCUCGAGGGAUUGGAGCGACCUGCAGCCUGGCUGGUCGGAGGAUCGCCUGCAGUACGCGUAG